AUGAAGCAGUUAGACCAGAUAGAGCAUUCACUGUUAGAAGAUCUAAACACCCAAGACAAGACAUUUGAUGAUUACAUCACUUAUCUUAAUAACCUUGCCAAAGAGCUCCACAGAUGCCUGUCCUCUACAGAAACCCAGAAAUUAAUGUCGGAGAAGAAACCAAAGAUCCGAUCCAUACCAGAAGACAACAAAACCAGUCACACCAGGAUUUACUGCUGGUCAAUACAGCAAAAAUCAAUCAGACAGACUUGUAUCAGUGAUGGAGCCAGGGGUAAUCUUGUCCAAACAGAUCUACAGGGGAAUGUGAUACAGAAGAUAAAAACCAGUGGUAGAGAUGAAGGUUACCACACAGUGACACAGGACAGGGAUCUGAUCUUUACAGACCAAGAUAAGAAAGUCAUCAAUAGGAUAACACAGGAUAAUAAUAUCCCGGAAUUCAUUAAAACUGGAGACUGGAGACCACUCAGUAUACACUCCUCCCACAUCAACGGGGACUUACUGGUGGGGAUGAGGAAGGAUGCAGAAGGUAAAGUCACCAGGUACAACAAGACAGGAAAAGAACUACAGAACAUACAGAAGAUAACAAAGGACAAGGACUGUAGUGAACACCACACUACAUCACAGAAAACAUCAAUGGAGAUAUCUGUACAUCAGACUUUAUUAAUAUGUCAGUGGUGGUGGUGA